UUUGAAACCUGGAAUUUAAGUUUAGGUGCAGGAGUUAGAAAUUAUUCUUCAUAUAGAAAGUGGAGACUUCUAUUUGCAAUGGUUUGAAGAAUCCUUUUUCAGGCAGAGGUGAUUUACAGUUGCACAGUUGUCUACAGGCUUCCUAUUGAGACCAGUCCUAUUGGCCACCUGAGUAUUUGCAGGGUGGGAGAAGAAAUCAGUGUUCAGAGAGAAGGAUUUUGACUUGUCUUUGUUUUGCCAAACCAAAUAGAAUAGUACUUUGGGCUGUUAGUUCUUCUGGCAGAGAUGGAUUAACGGGUAGGCUGUAAAUGAGACUGACAUAAUAGAAAGAGUUUGUGCUGCCUGUGCUCUGUGUGUUUCAAGAGGCUGACGUGCAUGUGGAUAAAUAGACCAGAGAAUCUAAAAUCUGAAAAGCUUGUGAUCAGCAGCUAGAAAUGGAAAGAGAUGACCUCUCCCCCCUACCAUCUAACACUUAAGCAACGGGAACAGAAGGUCUAAAGGCCAGAGAAUAUGUCCUGCUGUGCCUUGAUGGUGGCCUGUGGUUUGUUUUAAUGUUAUGGUAGUUGGCUUCCUAAUCGCUGUCUUUGUGUGGGCAAGGCCUCGCAAGGCUGUGAAGGAAUUUGGUCUCCUGAAGUGUUCACAGAGCCUCUUCAGGGCUGACAGUUAUUUAACUUGAGCCUAUAAAGCAUGAUUUCUCAAGAUUUUUGUUGGUUAGCUCCAUAGAGGUUGUGACAGAAGGUACUUCUGAAGUGCCUUUGGACCUUUUCCAAAUGGUGUGGGGCACAUACUGCAAUUUGUCUGCUUAAAAUUACCUGACAGAAGCAGUGAUAGCACCUUAGCUGAAAUAGUUCUCUGGGCCUCUGGUGGUAGGAGAGAGAAGAGCGCCUGAAAUACUCCCGGGAUUUCCAGCGUGCCUCCUGGUGUGCAAGUAUUCCGUUCACAUAGGAGGGUGUCGGAGAUGUGCAUUCAAGGGGGGAGAAAAGGAACCGAAUGACUCUUUUGCAGGUGUUUGCUUGUGCCUGAUGGGAGUUUAGCAACCUAGAUUUAACUUUAAUUUUGUGAGCAAGUCUGAUGCUGGCUCUGCGCUGCUCUCGUAGCUCUCUUUAAAGCAUUCCAUGAAAUUUCAUGACUUGAGACAGACUUUUAGAGGAUGCAGACACGCUGCUUGGCUGCUGAGCUGAGAGGAGUACGUUGCAUCUCUCCACGUUCAUUUCGAGUGGUGUUUUCUUUAGUUACUUUGUGGUGUGAAUGUUUCCUGUAAACUUUAUUUAGGGGAAUUGGUAUGCAUUCUCUGCAGUAAGUAAUUUUAAAAUGCUCUGCAGAAAUACAUUUAGGACUGCUUGCAGUCUUUUUUGUCUCCUUGUGCUGAAGUCACUUUAAAUCCAUCACCCCAGCCUGUAGAGUCGUCAGGCAGAAAUCCUUCUGUGAAGGUAGAUGAGUUGUUCCUCCAUCAGUUUUGCUUGAGCAUCCUGAUGACAGCGAUGUAAUCCCAUGUAGUAAUGAAACCUGUUGGAAUUCUAGAGGAGCAUCUAAUCCCUUUGAUCUUGCUAAUGAGCAAUGAUUCAAGUGCUACAGAUUGUAAAGGAUCUGGUAUCGCCAGCAAGACGGAGAACAGAUGCUGCUAAGAAAGGUGCAGAUGCCGAGCAGGAUGCUGCUAUCAAACUUGCCCAAGAACGAGCAGAGAUAGUUGCCAAGUAUGACAGAGGCCGGGAGGGUGCGCAGAUUGAGCCAUGGGAAGAUGCUGACUAUCGUCUGUACAAAGUCACAGAUAGAUUUGGGUUUCUACAUCCAGAGGAGCUUCCUGUCCAUGAUGCAGCGAUAGAAAAGCAAAAGCACCUUGAGAUUGAAAGGACUGCAAAAUGGCUGAAGAUGCUGAAAAGCUGGGAAAAAUACAAGAACAGUGAAAAGUUUCAUAGGAGAAUUUAUAAAGGAAUCCCACUGCAGUUCAGAGGGCAAGUCUGGUCUUUACUACUUGACGUCCCUAAAAUGAAAGAAGAAAUGAAAGACUUCUAUAAUAAAUUGAAGUGUCACGCACGAGGGUCCUCACCAGAUAUUAGGCAAAUUGAUCUUGAUGUAAAUCGAACGUACAGAGAUCACAUCAUGUUUCGAGACAGAUAUGGGGUUAAGCAACAAUCUUUAUUCCACGUUUUAGCUGCAUAUUCCAUAUAUAAUACGGAAGUUGGAUAUUGUCAGGGAAUGAGCCAGAUCACAGCUUUGCUCCUUAUGUACAUGAAUGAAGAAGAUGCCUUCUGGGCCUUGGUGAAGCUUUUCUCUGGUCCAAAGCAUGCUAUGCAUGGUUUUUUUGUUCCUGGUUUUCCAAAACUGUUGAGGUAUCAAGAACAUCAUGACAAAAUACUGAAGAAAUUUUUGUCCAAACUUAAGGAGCAUUUGGACUCCCAAGAUGUAUCCACUAGUUUUUACACAACAAAAUGGUUUUUCCAGUGUUUCCUUGAUCGUACUCCCUUUAUGUUAAGCCUCAGGAUAUGGGAUAUCUACAUACUUGAAGGAGAGAGGAUUCUCACUGCUAUGUCUUACACAAUUCUGAAACUACACAAAAGGCAGCUGAUGAAAUUACAAAUGGAAGAACUUGUAGAAUAUCUGCAGGAGACUUUAGCCAAGGAUUUCUUCUAUGAAGAUGACUAUGUAAUAGACCAGCUCCAAAAUUCUAUGUCAGAAUUGAAACGAGCAAAGCUGGAUUUACCCGUAGCUGGUAAAGAAGAUGAAUUCCCAAAGAAGCCACUGGGGCAGAUUCCAUCAGGACCUCAGCCUCCGAUGCUUAACUCCACCCCAAUGCUUAAUGGACAGAACAGCACUGGUACACAAACAACAAGGACAGAAAGGAGACUAUCCACAGGAGCAGAAGCAGGAAAUUCACCAAAUAACCGGAAAAGAAUUAAUUCACUGGAAAAGAAACCUUCCUUAAAACAACAGAAGGCUCGACCGAUAGAGACACAAAGUAGUAUGUCUAAGAAUGAGGUAGAUACCAGAAGAAAGCCUCAGCCAGCAGAGCAGGACAACUCGAGACAGUACAAUAAUGCAGCUGCUAAUCAGAAUUCUAAUGCUACUUCAAAUACAAGAAGGGAAUUUGUACCCAAGUGGAAUAAACCAUCUGAUACCAGAAUAAUUGAAAAGACAAUGAAACUUACUGCAGAAGUGAAAGGCAGGCCAGUAAACCAUUCGGUUUCGGGCCCACCACCAAGUCCUGUAGAAACGCAGCCUUUGAAUGUAAAGCAAAAGACGAGGGGUUUGGAUGCUGAUGAAGGUAAGCGAGGGUCGAAUGCGUCUCAGUAUGACAACGUUCUGGAAGUUGAGAAUGAGAAUCUUGUUGAAGAGAUGCUUGAGAGAGCUCAACCACAGAGCCCGAGGCACGUAGCAUAUUCUAAUAGUACGAGAAAGCAACCUGACAAAAUACCAGCUCCAUUAAAAAUACCCAAUAAUUACACUUUCACUUCACAACCCAGAUCUCCAAAAUACUCCUUGCCAUCUGAUGGACCACCUCAUGGACUGAAUGUAAAACAGCCACUGCCAUGUUACAGUAAUCCACCUACUUACCAUGGAAAUUCUCCAAAGCAUGUUUCCAGUAUAGGCAAUAUGAGUUCUGUACCUCUACAUUACCAUGGGAAUCGAACCAACCCUUCUGGGAGACCGUAUGGUUCUUUUAUUUCAGUAGAUUAUUCUCCAGAUAAACUACAAAUGAAUUCCUACCCUGCCAGUCGCCAAAAUCCUCUUUCACCAACCCAUGGGCAGAUAGAAGUAGCCCCUGUUGAUGUUUAUACCAGCAACUCGAGAUCCCCCCCAGGUGUCAAAUUCAUAAUCCCUCCAGUGGAUUAUUUACCAGAAGAUAGAAAGUGGCCAGAUGCUGCUUAUAUUUACAGACAUGAACCCUACAGGCAGCCCUGGAGCCAAGAUGUUAACAAAGGCCACUUGGAAAAUUUCCAGAAAUAUCAGCAUUUUCAGUCAACACAUUUCCAAGACCAUACCCUUCCUCCUGUUUCCGUGGAUAGUCCAAUAAGAUACAGGACUUCACCAAGCUUUGAAGACCAUGGCUCACCACAGUACCAAUAUUCAAGUCCAUCUGCACAAGCCCAACACUAUCGAAACAGAAAUGAUGGAUUGUCUGUGCAUGAAUCUGUGCUUCUCUGAGAAUCUGACUGUACUUACUAAACCGGCAACGACCAAAACCAGUCAAAUGUUACUGUGUUAGUAGUACUUCACCUCAGUUCUUCUGUGAAAUACAGACAGUUGACAUGCGUCUCAAAAAUGACAACACUAUUUCGGAGAUGUCUCAGACUUUCAUUGAAGGCUAGUUGAGUUCUUAGACUUGCAUUGAAGCUAUCGAAGGUGAUCUGAUGCACAUAGACAUAGCAAUAAGAUCGUAGAAGCAAUGUGGUUAGUACUGUCAUCGUUCCUUAUGUUUAAAUAACUUGUGUUACAAUCUUUCUGCCUAAAACCUGUAACACAUUUACAAGUUUUAUGUUGACUGACAUGGUUAAUGCACUGUAUAGAGAUGUGUGUGUGCGUGCGCGUGUGAGUGUGCGCUUCCAAUACAUGGACAUGUAGGGAAAAGAGCUAAAGAGUUUAAAUGUAAAUGCAUUUAACUUUGGGCAAAGCUUGUGAAGUACUUUUAUUUCAUAUUAAUUUUUCUUUGUAAUUUAUUCGAGAAGUCAUUCAUUUUGAAUGGGAAUUUCUGUCGUUUUUAAUACAGCUGCCUCAGCAUCCCAGUAUCUGUUCUGGGCAGGAGAGAUGCUUUGGGAUUGUUAAUUUAAUUUUACGUGAGAGUUAAUUUUCUGUCCUUUGACUACUGUUUGUCAUUUUCCUCAGCAAGAAGGAGCAGGCAGGCAAAAAGCAGAAAAGCCAAAAAUAUCUCUCUAAUCUGGCUAAGAAAUGGUGCUUAAAAUUCAGGGCAGUGUUUAGGGUUUUAGGAGCAGGAAAGUGGAGAAUUUUUGUCGUCUUACCCAAAUCUACCUUCAGAAUGUCGUCCUAUAUGCAAAAUAUUGGCGCACAGUGAGAGUAAUGCUAAAUGCAGAAAUGGUGCUGCACCCUUCGCUUGUUGCCAUGCUGUGCUGUCAGACUAGGUGAGCUGGUUGCAGGGCCAAGCCUCACAGGUAUCAGAGAGUGACCAGCUCCUCUACACUCUUAUGAAGUACACACAGCAGUCUUGAGAUCUGGUCAAGGCUUGAUGUUCCCUGAGCUGUGUGAGUAUGCAGCGUCCCUUCUCUUAAGCUUUGUCAUGUCAAUUCUGUCUUAUGUCACCCUUUUUUACCCCAAAGAGCUGGGAGGUUCAUGUCUGUGAUCAGGUGUGUGCUGCUGUGCUGUCAGGCUGCUGAGAGACUGUGCGGUGUUUUACACUAAAAUGAUCCUGACUGUUAAUAGGAAGCUUAAACUCCUGGUAAUGUAAGUAUUUUUAAUUAGCGUUUGCAGCCUUUUCUACUUCGUGUUUUCCUUUCCUUGACUGUGAAUGGGGGGUGGAAUGAAAAGAAAGCAGGUUAAGUGGCACAGGUAGGAUGCAGUCCUGCGAGCUGCUGGGUGCUGAAUGCACCCUCCUCAUGGAAACCAGUGGAGUCAAGGUGGACAAGGGUCUCACCAGAAGAGGUCCUUGGAGUGCUUUUCUAAUACAAGCAUUGGUAUCAACACCAGGUGUGGGUAGUUCAGAAGGUUGUCCUGUUCUCUUUUGUUUUGUAAGAUUUGUUAACUGAAAACAUAGAAAUGGAGAUUAUUUUUUUUUUUUCCUUUAAAGGAUGAGCUUUAGUGCCUAUUAUUGCUGCAGGUUGGCUCUGUAAGUUUUAAGGUACAGAAGUAAAACAAUUUUUACAAAUGGAAGUAACAUUUACUUAGUAUAUUUCAAAAAACCAUGUUGUGUAUAUAAUGUGUCUGAUGUAAUUUUUAAUGAACUGGGCAAUUUUCUAUUUUAAAACUGGCAAACUGCAGCCAAGUAACAGUAGCAAAGCACUACACUGAAACUAAAAUUGUGAAGAGAAAGAUGACUUGGGCUUACUUUAGUUCUGAUUGCUUGCAGCAGCUUAGAAAUGUAUGUAUAUAAUAUUGUGGCUAAGUGUAAUAAUCUCAGUGUUUAAUGAUGGUUCUGUAAUUCAUAACAAAGCUGUACAAUUCCUUUGUGCAAGCAACACAAGGCUCCAAAAUAUGUAUCAGCAUUAGUAAAUACUGUAGAUUUUUUUUAUAUAUAAAAUAUAUACACACUAUUUUCUUAUGUCAUCUGCAACAGUUUUAUAACUGUGUAUCCUAUUUUGAUGUGACUGUAUUUUUAACAUGUUAAAAUAAUAAUAAUUAAGCUUA